GUAAUGUGUGGGAAAUAAUUAUUAUGUUUUUGAGAUUUGGCUCUGUGUGAGAGGGAUGCUCUGAAUUUAUCGCCUAUUGUAUUUUAUUUUUUUAAGUAAAGUAAAAACCUCGCGAAUUUUAAAAGAGGACCAAUUCUUAUACAUACACAUACAUACAGUACUACUGUUAGGCUAGGUUCACUAUACAUUGCAUUGCCCUGUCGCGUUGUGCCGCGAAGGAUUUUAUCCUCGCAACACGGCAAUGGAACACGGCACGGCAGGGCAAUGUGACAUAUCGUGAUUUUACAUAGUCAUUUCUAAGAGUGAGAGUGGUUGUUGUCUACAUAACCAAUAAUGAUAUUCUAGCAUGUAUCUAACAAUAGUCAGUUCAGUCCGUGGUGCCUGUGGUAAAGUAGCACGGAGAGACACCAUAUUUGAGAUGAUAUUAGGUGUUGCACUAUGUUGCACCAGGCUCUACGAGAACUCCCAGGCAAGUGUGAAAUACCAGUGGUUGUAAAUGAAGUUCUUGUGUUUCCCGCUACGUUCUGCAUCGUGCAGAAUCCACAGCGAAGAAUGCAUCCUGCUCAUGCAGGGUGCCAGGGCAUGCAGCUCUUUUUCUUAAAAGUCCUGGUGUCGCUUGCUUUGCUUAUUAUGAUUUACUAGCACCUUUUGCACAUACUUUUUGUUUUGCAGUUUACUUAGCUAGUAUAGUAUGGGGAGGGAGGCUAGUAUAGUUUGGGGAGGGAGGAUGGGAGAAUUGUACCAGACUGCUAAGGCGGCCAUUGCAACUAAUGCCACGUUGUCCCAGGAGUCACUCUAGUUGUGGCAAACCUCUUUCAGAGGGGGUUCCAAUUUCUCCCCCUGCCCCCCAUAAAAAUGAACCCCAACUACAUGCAGGCUCUGUCAUUAUGUCCCGACUGCAGGUACACUCUUCUGGUUGGGAAACCGCCGUUUGAGACCCAGAGUCUAAAGGACACCUACCAGAAGAUCAAGAGAAACGAGUACCGCAUCCCGUCUUACGUCGGACGUGACGCUCGCUCCCUCAUCACACGGCUACUCCAAUCGGAGCCCACCAACCGGCCGUCCCCUGGUGAUAUUCUGGAAGACCCGUUUAUCACCGGUGGUUACCUGCCCGCCAAACUGCCAAACAGCUGCCUCACGACGGCUCCUCACUGGAAGAAGACGGCAGUGGUCGCUGGAGGAGGAGGCGGGGUGGCAGGGAGCGGCGGCUCAGCGAGGAGACCGCUGAGUCAUGUCAACUCUGGAAGUGGUGGUGUGGGACACACAGCUGGGGUCAAGGAAGGAGCCACCCCCUCACCCAUGGACGACUCACCCUCUGACUGGCACCUGCACUCUCUGCUAGCCCAGCUCACUGCCUGUCUUGAUUCCAAACCACCUGACCGACCCUCAGACCAGAUCUUGUCCCAGGAGUGUGAAGACCCUGCCAGCCAGCCAAUAUUCUGGGUCGGUAAAUGGGUGGACUACAGCGACAAGUACGGUCUCGGCUACCAGCUGUCUGACUCCAGUGUCGGCGUCCUCUUCAACGACUCCACCAGACUUCUCCUUGGAGCUGAUUUCGAGUCACUUCAGUUCAUCAACAGAGAUCUGUCGGAAGAAUUCUACACCUUGUCCUCCUACCCAGACGCCCUCUACAAGAAGGUCACUCUCCUCAAGUACUUCCAAAGCUACAUGACAGAGCACCUUCUCAAGGCCGGCGGAGCUGCUGGUGAGCGUCCUAUUGAUGAAGGUGUCCGUCUUCCUCACCUGAGGGCCUGGUUCAGGACUCGCAGUGCCAUCGUACUCCAUCUCUCUAAUGGACUCCUGCAGAUAAACUUCUUCAACGACCACACCAAGGUGAUGAUCUGCCCACUCAUGUCGGCUCUCAGCUACAUAGAUGAGCACAAGACAUUCACUACCUACAAACUCUCUCUCAUCGAGAAACAUGGCUGCAACAAGGAGCUCGCUACCAGGCUCCGCUAUGCAAAGGCAAUGACAGAGAGGCUGAUAUCAAGGCUGGACCAAGGGGUCACUACCCCUCUUCCACACCCCACCCCCACACCCUCUUCUAACCCUCCACUCUGCCCACCUCCAGCAACUUCAUAGCCUCUAGCUAAUCCCAUAAUUUCUUGGUCAUUCUAUUGUAUUAUAUCGUAGACUCGUAACGAAAUUGAUGCACAACAUACAGUACUUUAUAAACUCUAUACAACAUACGGUAGUAAAAUUGUAUAAUAUUGUGUGUGAACAGAAUGUUUUAUGUUUUA